GAUAAUUACAGUAAACCCACCUGAGGUUUGGCCCGUUUACACGUUACCUACCCGUGGUUCAAAACUUAUCACUUUGCCCACCUGAAGUUAGUUCUGUUAGCCUUCCGUAACCCACCUCUCCAUUUGCCGUUAGAAAAACACCCUUUUAUUAAAAAUAGAACAUAACACGGAUCAAACACGAACCAUCAAAUCUUUUCCUCACAAACACAAGAACACAACAUUUGUAAAUAUAGUUCAAAAUUUUCAGUUACACACAUCCAAAACCAAUUAAAUCCUCUAAAUCCAUACCAAAAUCCCUCACAUUUUUCAAACCCAAACUGUAAGAAAAAAAGUUUUAGAACCCAAUCAUAGAUUAAACAGAAAAUAGAAACAAACCAAAGAGAGAAAAACAGCACCAUUGUUCAUCUCUCCUCUAAAAACAAAAAAUAACAGAGAAAACUCAAACAAACAAGAUCAAAUAGGGGGUUUUGUAGCUUGGGUUCAAGAACACACUUGCUCUUGGUAUGAACAGUCUUGAGCCACACAAAAAAUUCCAAACCCAAAAAAAAUUCCAGAUCGCGAUCAACGUCACCCAUGCCUCAAAGCCCAGGACACGCACCCCAGCCGAUCGUAUCACGCCACGUUGCAGUCAUCGGCGCCGGCGCCGCAGGCCUCGUAACUGCUCGAGAGCUCCGCCGCGAGGGCCACAGCGUGGUGGUCUUCGAGCGUGGCGACCAGGUUGGUGGACUCUGGGUCUACACCCCGAAUGUCGAAUUCGACCAGAUUGGACUCGACCCGACUCGGACCAUGGUCCACUCCAGCGUCUACCACUCCCUCCGCACAAACCUCCCCCGAGACUCCAUGGGCUUCUCGGACUACCCGUUCGUUGCCAAAGACGACCCGGACAGAGACCCGAGACUAUUCCCGGGUCACCAAGAGGUUAUGAUGUAUCUGCAAGACUUUGAGCGCGAGUUCGGGAUUGAUGAGUUGGUGAGGUUCGAAACGGAGGUUGCGCGUGAGAUUCGUGGAGGAAGAGGAGAAAUGGAAAAUUAA